AUGACAGAGAUUUUCUCAAAAGAAGAGCUUGAGAAUGCCGAAGAUUUGCCAUUAGAGUUGGGUGACCUUAGGGUUGAAGAAAAGCUUGAAACAAGCAAUCUCUCAAGCAUCUCCGACGAUUCCAUCUUACAGAACACUCAGCUCCUGAGUUCAAUCCGCGAUCUGGCAGGAAGUUUUACGGCAAGUUCUAGAGAACUUAGAGAUCAAGUCGCAGCGAUUUCGGAAAAUGUCGAGUUCAUGCGAUCUUCCCAGCGAAGCGACUCCGAUCUCAACUUUGAUUGCAUCUUGACGCAUGUACUAGGAGAGCUAGAGAAGAUCAAAAUGUUGAGAAAGAAGGUUUUAUCCAAGGCAUUUGUCAAAGAAAAAUAUCAGUCGUUGAAAAUCUCCCUCGACAACAUCGAAUCUCAAGUCGACUCAAUCCGCCUCUUCAAGAGCCAUGAGCCGGAAAUCAUCGAAACCGUCGAACUCGAACUUCUCGAUGCUCAAAAAAUUGUGAUGACGAUGAAGGACAAAUGGGACCUGUUCCAGAAAUUCGACAGGAAAUACUUUCACCAUCUCAAAUGGUUGACUGAAGUUGACUUGGAUAUCCUGCACCAUGCGAGAAUGACGGAAAGAGAAAAGCUAGAGAAGACUGUGGAGACAUUGACGAAAGAGUUUUUAUCAAGAAAAGCCGGCCUUGAAGAGCUGCGCAUUCUGGCCGGAGAAGUGAUUGGUUUCGUCGACGACGAGGAAAAGAUGGAAGUUAGAGAGCAAAUGGAGAAUCUGCAGACGCUGAGCGAAGGGAUUAUGGAAACCGUCUCGCGUUUGAUCAAGCCACCAGCGUCAGAUGAAGAAGAUAUCUCCGCAUUCGAACACCCUCCUCUUUACACCUCCACCCCUGCUGCCAAAAAACACAGUGCCAGAUCAAGUACUGGCUCCACUGAAAUUCGACGAACUCGGCCACCAAGAGCGAUUGUCCUGAAAUCGUCAGAUGAUGAAGAGCGAGAUGGCUUUGAAUGGGACGAUUCGGAUAUGCUCAGAGACCUGGAAGAUUCUCACGUAGAGGACGAAGAAGCCCCGAUUCCAGUCAUAUCGCCGCUAGAAACUGCUGCAGCGCCGCUAGAGAAACUCAUUGAUGAUGGCAGAACGAAAGUCGAUCAAGUCGAAUAUCUCAACAGAUGCGAAACGCCCGUUUUUUCGAAGCUUGAUGGAUUUACAAAUGAUUAUGAGCAAAUCGUGGAUAAAGCCGACGAAAGUAUCGAAAAAGUGCAUAAGCAGCUUCUCUACCCGUCGAUUCUCGAUGCGUCUUGGAAAGAUCAAGCACAAGCACUUAUCAACAAGUGGGAAGAAGUUCGAGUCGGGGCUUCGCAGCGAUCAAAUCGUCUCAGAGAAAAGUUCGAAAAGGCGGAAAUGCUUCUUACUGACGUCAAUCUCGCUAUCUCGUGGCUGAAAGAGCACAAUCUUCUAGAGCUCAUGCACGGUGGAGAUAAAAACUCAUCAAGGGCAGAAGAAAGCCUGAAUGUAACUGACUCAGAAAAGACUUUCAGAAAGUUCCAACAAGAAAUCUCAAAGCUGAAGACUUUGGCGCUCGAUACAAAAGAGCAAAAACCGAUGAUGGAGAGUCUGGUCAAGAAAUCCGCCAAUGGCGAUUGCGAAUCUUUCUGGGACGAAGAGCUGAAGUCGAAAGUGGAAAAUCUUAACGUUCAGUGGAGAGAUUUCACGAAAGGAAUCGAAGUUUGGAAACUCAAGAUCGAAACGAAGAUCAAAAAGUCGAAAGAGUAUGAGAAUGUCAUCUGCCGAGCUGAAGAACUUGUCGGAGAGCUACACAAGAAAACACAAGAUCAGUACGAUUCUGGAGAAAUCGUCGAAUUAGCCGAUGAGCUUCAAUCAUUGAGAUCGAGAGUCUCAAAUUUGGAGGAGAUCAUUUCCGAGUUGCACGCUGUUGAAAAGGUCGACGACUCCCCAAUCGACAAAACGAGCGAGUCUGUCGAUUCUAGCGAGCCAAUUCGAUCCUCAACUCCAAAGAAAACGGGUCCCCAGGAGAAAGAAGCAGUUUACGAUGGAUUUGACACGCUGAGAAUUGUGAAGACAAUUUGCGACAAAGAACUUGAAUACACUGAAAGAAAAAUUGAAGAACACAAUAACAAUCACACCGAGGAGAUCGAGGAAGAUAUUCCUGAGCUUGUCCUUGCCCCUGCUGACCCACUUUAUACCUCAGAAAACGCGCAAGAAGAAUCGCCACUAUUUAAUUUCGAGCUAGAAUGCGAGCCCGACAACGCCUCUCCCGAAGACGCAGAAAUCCUAAAAGAUGACACGAGCGAGCAAGAAGCGCCGCUUUCGACUGAAUCUCAAUUCCAGCGCCGCUCGAAAGCCAAGCUGCUUUUCUAUUCCAUGAUUUUGAGCUAUCCAACUUAUGCAUACGCUUUACCGUUUCUUACCUUCCUUUACUCACUUGUACACUGCCAAAGUGAAGACCCGAGGAAUUGUCCUCUAGAAAGACUCAGACAUCCAGAAAUCACCCUUACCUGGCCAAAUGGAGCCCCUCCUCUUUAA